AUGGCUCCGUUUCCAUUGAUCAAACUUGGGUACCUAGCAGUAAAGCAGAUCAGCAAACCCAUCGCUAAUUGUAUAAAAAAGAAAUGCAAAAAUCAACACAAUUUUUUCCGAAAAAAAAACAUUUGUAUGCCACCUGCCCAGUUUUACCAUUAUGAAGUGAAUGUCAGAUUACGAAUCCUCAGCUUAGGUCAAGCUCAGACUGUUGAUAAACUUAGCCAGAAGGAGGCUACUGAACUAGGGAGCGAAAUGCUCGGAGAGUCUGUAAUUUUCCUCAUGGCUGUCCUCGUUCUCACAUUAGAAUAUGCAAGAGCAGCACGAAAAGAGGCGGCCAAUGAGGACAAAAUUAAACAAGAGAAGAAACAGUUUCUAUGCAAGAUUCGGGAUCUGGAAACAGUGACAGAGAUUCAGGCGGCACAGAUCCGAGAACUGCAGCAUCGUUUAAACUUGCUGUACACAACUAAACAUGAAAGCCAAUCAUCAGUUCUUGGACUAGCACAGAAGCUAAUAGGACAAACAGACAAAACAGGAACAAGUCGUUGA